GGCGUCAUCAUCUCAGUGCCAGCUGGCUGAGCGGAGCUGCGGCUGCUGGGACUCGACCGGGUCGACUCUUCACGUCCCGAAUCAGACUGAAGACAUGUUCGAUACGUCUCACUAUCCAUUCAACUGCUUCAACUACGACGGGGAUGGAUACCCUUCAUCGAGCACCGACGAGGACAAGAAAACGUGCAGACCCGCGUACAGCUACAUUGCUCUGAUCGCCAUGGCAAUCCAGCAGAGCCCGGAGCAGCGGGUCACUCUGUCAAGCAUCUACGAGUUCAUCAUGAAGCGGUUUCCUUAUUACCGCUCCAACCAGAGAGCCUGGCAGAACUCCAUCAGACACAACCUGUCGCUCAACAACUGUUUCAUCAAGGUGCCUCGGACAGAAGGGUACGAGAAAGGAAAAGGAAACUUCUGGACUUUUGCCACUGGCUGCGAAUCGAUGCUCGACCUCUUUGAAAACGGCAACUUUCGCCGCCGCCGCCGCAGGAAGAACAUGAAAAUGGGCCUCCGUGAUUCAGGAGACACACCUUUCCACCUGUUGGAGAGCCACAGCAAUCAGCACGUAGGUGCUGCACGGCGACCCGAGCCCAAAUCCACCCUGUGCCCUUUGAACCCUGAAAGGCCCAAUCCCCAGUCGAGCCAGCUCAUCCCGAACCCCGUCCAGGGGAAGCCGGAGUCAGAGAUCAAGUUUAGCAUCGACUACAUCCUGUCCACCCCAGAUCCACCUCUGCCCGGCUUCAGAUCCCCACAUGGUAACAUGCCCAUAGGGCCCACAGCGCCACCUAUACACAUGCUGGAGCCUCAACACCUCAACCUGCACUUCUGGACUCUGUGAGAGACACAAGGACAUCCAACUUUAGUGACUUGAUUAUAUAAACGUGUGUGUGUGGUUGGGGGGGGGGGCACAGACAGUGUGACAUGAA